AUGAACGGGAACGAUGCGAAAGAGUGGGUAGAGGGAGGAGAGAGAGGGAAUGAGGAUGCAAUAUCGCAUGGACGCAGACCGUACAACAAUGGCGUGCUACCGCCGAAGGAAGAUGCAGAAUCUGAGAAGCAGCCUACGGCAGGCAACACGAGACCCAAAGUGCCGCCACCACCAAACGGCGGAUACGGCUGGGUGAUUACCAUCUGUUCAGCUCUGAUAAAUGGACAUACCUGGGGCCUGAACUCAUCAUACGGUGUCUUCCUCGCGCAUUAUCUAGCUAACGACACAUUCCCUGGUGCAACACCACUCGAAUACGCCUUCGUCGGGUCAUUGUCCAUCUCAUGCGCCUUGCUCAUCUCGCCAAUCGCCACCACAACAACACGAUUCUUCGGCACUCAUGUCACGCUCUUUACUGGUGUAAUACUAGAGGCCGUCAGUCUCAUUGGAGCAUCGUUUGCGAAGACCAUAUGGCAGUUGUUCCUUUCCCAAGGCAUCUGCUUCGGCUUAGGGAUGGGCUUCUUGUUCAUCGGUUCUGUGCCCAUCGUGCCGCAGUGGUUCACCACGAAGCGCUCGCUCGCCAGCGGCAUUGCUACUUGCGGCUCAGGUAUUGGCGGCCUUGUCUACUCCCUGGCCGCGGGUGCUAUGAUCAGAACGAUUGGUCUUGCGUGGGCAUUUCGCGUUCUUGGGAUCUUGGCUUUUGCCGUAAACAGCAUAUGCUCCGCCUUAAUGCGUGACCGCAACAAGAUCAUCGGCAGCUCUCAGCUCGCAUUCGACACCAACAUACUCAAGCGACUCGAGUACCUCCUGCUUGGCGGCUGGGGUUGGUUCAGUAUGCUGGCCUACGUCGUACUCAUCUUCUCCCUGGCCAACUACGCCAACGAGGUUGGCUUGACCGACUCACAAGCAGCGACAAUCUCUGCGCUCUUCAAUUUUGGGCAGGCACUGGGGCGCCCAAUAAUCGGCUACUGGAGCGAUUCGGUCGGACGGAUCAACAUGUCUAUGGGAACGACAUUUGCCGGAGGGAUCUUUGCUCUGGUCAUCUGGGUUUUUGCGAAGAGCUAUGGGGUCCUGAUCUUCUACGCAAUCAUUGGUGGUACUGUGGCAGGGACCUUCUGGUGCACGAUAGCUCCGGUGACGGCUGAGAUUGUUGGUCUUCGACAUGUACCCUCAGGUUUAAACUUGAUGUGGUUGACGAUCGCCUUGCCGUGCACAUUCAGCGAACCGAUAGCACUGGAGAUUGUGGAUGGGACGGGCAGCUACCUAGGCACUCAGCUGUUCACGGGCUUUAUGUAUAUCGCGGGAGCUUUGUGCUUGGUCUUCCUGCGAGGCUGGAAGAUCGGAGAGCUGGAGGAACUGGCAAAGAUGAAGGAGGAAGAUCCAGAAGAACUGGACGCCGUUGAGGCUGAGAGUCCGGAGCGAGCGCUGAAGGCUGGUCGAGUGACCAUGUACAAGCAUAUAUGGAAGUGGCGGAAAGUAUAG